CUCUGUAUGCACAUGUUUAAUUCAAAUCAUCUUCUGGUGUCAAUUGAUCGUAUUGUGUAUUAAGUUCAACUCGUAAUUUGUUAUUUAUAAUAAUUAUUACUAUUUUCUUUGUGCCUUAUUCCAUUUAACCAGUAUGUCUACUCAGAAAGAAAAAGACACAUUACGUUAUGUUUAUAUAAUUGAUUUUAAAGAUUUUGAUCCUGAAGCCGCUGAGAUUUUCAGGAAAUCAGCUAAAUUAGAGGUUAACUCUACGAUUAAUGGAAACCUGGUUGUGCUUUGCGUUUCCGCAAGUAUUAAUGACAACAAAAGACCAGCUCCUCCACAUACUGGACUAGUCAAAAAAUUUAAAAUUAAUAAUCAAUUUGUUCCGUCUCUAGAAAACUUGCCGCUCAAGCCUCAAAAUGUUCAAACUACAACGAAUCCCUCUAAGAAGGACGAAUCCUCAGACGAUUCUUCAGAGGAUUCUUCAGAUGAUGACGAAGGACAGAAAAAAGCUAAGAAGAAAACACCGGCUAAGCCAAACAAGCCACAAAGUAUCCAAAAAGUGACUCCUGUCCCUACUCCUGCUAAAAAAACUGUAACCUCAGAUGAUUCUUCAGAUGACUCUUCAGAUGAUGAUUCUAGCGAAGAGGAAAAAGGUACUAAGAAGACACCAGCUAAGCCAAGCAAGCCACAAACUGCCCAAAAAGUGACUCCUGCCCCUGUUCCUGUUAAAAAAGUGACUGCCACCACUACUCCUGCUAAAAAAACUGUAACUUCAGAUGACUCUUCAGAUGACUCUUCAUCUGAUUCUUCAUCUGAUUCUAGCGAAGACGAAAAAGCUAAGACACCAGCUAUUCAAAAUAACCCUCCAAAAUUACCAAAUGUGACUCAGUACAAAUUCCUACCAAAAAGAUAGAUUCGUCAGAAAACUCGGAUGAUUCUGGUAAAAAGAUUCCCAUUAAACCAAGAACUACAAAUACUCAAAAGAAAACAGAAUAAUGUAACAGAAUAAAUACAGAUAGCCCUGUUGUAUAUGGUGACUUCAAAGUAAUGACAAAAGGCCCUCGAUAUACUUCCACAUAUUUGAAAGGACGUGCAAUUAAAAAUAUAAAGGAUUUAACAAGCCUAUGUAACGGAAUAGAACUGAAUUCGUUUCUUUCAACAUCAAUGUAUCCAUGUGUCGGCACUGCCAAGCAAGCUAUUAAAAAUUGUGGCUGAGUUUAGAAAUAAAUUAAUAAAUAAAAGUCAAUCAAUGUAAAUUUCAAAAUGUA